CUCUGUGCUGAAACUGGCAACUAGAAAUAUCUUAGCCUCCAUUAAAUUGUCAGUACAUUCUGGAACGUCCACUGUUUAGGUUUGUGACCUGUGUGAACGUGUUAAAUCACUUAUUUGAAGAUUUGUACCAUCGUGUAAAUCUUGCGCUUACGGUUAUUUUUUAUUUGAAACUAAAUUAUUUUGGACUUUCAAUAUGUUUUCUUUAAUGAGAGACUUUAAUGAUGAUCCUUUCUUCAGUGGUCCUAUGGAAAGCAUGAGACGGAUGGAAUCUAUGAUGGAUAGUAUGAUGUCACCGUUUGGUAUGUUUGGUGGCCAAAGAGCUGCUAUCGAGGGUGGUCAGCCUAAUAGAAAUGGAUCUCAGAAUAUGUUGAUGCCUUUUGGAUUUGGAAGCAGUCUUUUUCCAAACAUGGAUGAUAUGUUUGCUAAUUUUAGUCAAAUGAGCAACAACCCUAACUGUCAUAGCUUUUCAUCCUCAUCUGUGAUGACAUAUACUACAGAUGAAAGUGGGCGUCCUCAAGUCUAUCAGGCAUCUUCAUCAACCAGAACAGCACCUGGUGGUGUGAAAGAGACAAGGCGCAGUGUACAAGAUAGCAGAACUGGCCUUCAAGAAAUGGCUAUUGGUCAUCAUCUUAAUGAUAGAGGACACGUAAUUGAGAAGAAGAAAAACCGUUAUACUGGUGAUGAGGAAGAAAAUCAUGAGUAUUUAAAUUUAGAUGAAGAGGAAGCUGAACAGUUUAAUCAAGAAUGGCAGCAAAAAGCUCAAUCAUUCAAUUCCCGACCUAUGCGGUCUAUGCUUGGAUAUGAUUCUCGAAGAACUUACAGUCCAUCUCCUGAGGUUCUUGCUAUUACUGAUGGUUCAAGUUCUGAAUCUACAUCAGGAAAAAAGAAGAGUGGCAAGCACAAACGCAAACAUGGACUUUUGGGCAGCAGUAGCCACAAAACUUCAAAUUCUCAUGCCAGGCCAUCUCCUUAUCAAUGAACUGAUCUUUCACAUCUGUUACAAAUUUUGUGUAUCCUGUCAUCUAGAUUUGUAUGUAUACCAGUAGUUGUGACUAAACAGAAAUUCAUGGCCGAUAUUUGUAAAAGUUAAAAUAGUGCAUUUCAACAAACAUACUGUAUUGUAGACUUGUAUUUUGUUUUUCAUUUUCUAAAUUGUGUAUCUAUAUGUCGUUUAUUUACAACUUAAAAUGUACAUUUAUGCUAAAAUAAAUUAACUAUUAGCAUGUG